AUGAAAGAAAAAAAAACGAAUUACAGAAGCGAGUCGAUAUUCUCCGCCAACAGGAACCUCUUUGAGGUACUGGAGACCCUAGACGAUGAGAAGGAGGCAAAGAGAAGCGCAAACUUUUUUAACAGCAAUAAAAAUAUUCUCCUAAAUUUGUUUGCGAAUCCGAGUGGCCACAACCGUGUGGAUAGCAUUCUGUGGGGAAAGAAAAGCCACCUUCACCAUGGCAGGAAUGCGAGGAGGAAGGGGUGCAAGAAGGGGGAGCCACGCAAGGGGGAGAAAGGCAAAGAAGAAACCAUCAGUGGAGAGACCAUCAAAGGAGAGACACUUAACGAUGGUCCAAUCAACGAUGAGCCGAUCAACGAUGAGCCGAUCAACGGUGAGCCAAUUAAUGAGGAUGCCAAGACCGUAAGGGACAGCCCCAUCUGUGGGAGCAAAAAAUGGAUCGAGCACUUCUGCUGGUUCUGUUCCCUCAACCUGCUGGAUGAAGUUCUAGAAAAGGAAAUAUAUAAAGAGAAAAUACACCCCCAUGUGUACGAUUUGAUUUACGAUGAGAAUACCUACUUUGACACCAGCUCCAUGAUGAGUGUGCCUUACGAGUUCGCUCGUUUUAUGCUGACUCAGCUGGACAAUAACGUCCUGCACGACAUUAAGAUAAAUAAUAUUAUUAAGGAGGAGAAGUACUUGUUUAAGAAGUUCUGUAGAAAAUACAAGUGCGAUAAGAAAUAUAGGAAGGUUCGCGGCGGGCCCCGUUCGGGGAGGCCCCCCUUCAGCAGGGGUAGCAGCGGUGGUAGAGGCAGCAAUGGGAGCAGCGGUAGCAGUGGCCGCAUCAGCAGCGACAGCGUGAAGAGCAACCACAGCUUGCUUUACCGCAGCAGGACGGUGAGCGUGCGUUACAGCAACUAUUUGAACAUACGGAGGGAGCUCUUUAACAGUGGUCGGGUUGGGGGGAAGCGCGUGGGGGGCAGCUCCCUGCCCGCGCGCAAGCUCUUCUACGAGAGCGGCAACUUGGGGAACUGCACCGGCACGGACCUGUUUUACUGCAGGAGGGCGGCGCCGCCCGGAGAGGUGAGCAGCGGCGACGGUAACAUAAGCGGCGGCAACAGAAGUGGCAACAGAAGCAACAACAAAUCGUGCGAUACGCUCUCCCUGGACGGGGAAGGGAAGGGCAGGCGGGAGGCGGGGAAACGCUCGCGACUGGCAGCGGGGGGGGACGCGCCGAAUCGCAGGGGUGGCGAACAGGUCAGCCCCUCCGUCAGCAACCGCAGCGGUAGCGGCUACAGCGUCGGGCGGGUGCCGCCGGGGGAGAGGAGGGGGAAGCUGGAAAGAAGUUUAACGAGUAGGAGGGAGAUGUGCAGACAGCGCUUCGCCAAGACGGAUGUGCGUAAUGGUGUGCACGUGAAGGGUGACAAGCAGUGCAGUCGUGUAUUGAGGAGGAGCAACUCGUUCAGCAUGCAUCACCGGGAAGGUGGGAUAGCGGCAAACGGGGGAAUGGCAAACGGGGGAGGGCCCCCCCAGGAGGCGCGGAAGGAUCGGCCCAGCAGCCGCAGCCAGCGGAUAUACCACAAGUACAAGCACAACCUGAAUUACAUAAAGCAGUUUUACUACGUAGACGAAACGCAGAAGAAGCCCUUCCCCCUGUGUCUGUACAACAUAUUCAAGGCGCACGGGACGAUAAAGCAGUGCUCACGGUGCUACUGCUUCUUCAAUUCCACCAGCUGCCACUGCCUGGAGUGUAAGAGGAAGUCAAAUCUGUCGUUGAAAAACCCGCACUACUUUAUAUUUCAGCACGGAUUAACAGCUAGUGUGCAGGACUUUCAAAAUAUAGUAAAUCCCCUGCUGAUUAAGUACCCCCAUUUGUUUAUAUACAUCACCUACAGCAACCAGAGUCAUACGUUUGAGGGGGUGGACGUAGGAACGGAGAGAAUUUGCACCGAAUUGAAUUGCCUUUUUAAAAUUAUUAAUUAUAAAAUUAACGUUUCUAUGAUUGGACACUCCCUAGGAGGGAUACUAAACAGAUCGGUGCUCAUAAAUCUGUAUAGAAAAAAAAUGUUCAAAAAUAAGAGGCUAAUCAAUUUUAUUACUUUUGCAUGCCCCCAUAUUGGCGUGCACGAAAAUAUGGCCAUCAUGAAGCUCCUUUCCACGUACCUCGGGGCACACACGAUUGACGAUUUGAACAAUAAGACGACCCUCUUGUUGAAGAUCGCUAGCGUAGAGAGUAUUAGCAUUUUGAAGAAAUUUGAAAAUAUUAUUUUUUAUGGCAAUGCGCAGUCCGAUUGGCUAGUCGGCAUCCGCACCUCUCUCAUUCUGCCCUACACCCUUUUUAAUGAGGAACUCAUUCUGUUUAUCAUUGAGCAGGCCAAAAAUGUGCCCGAGAUACCCAUCAACAUCUUUUCCGUCGUCCAUCUCUACAUGAGGAAGAAGAAACUCUUGUUCUUUUAUUUUUACCAGGAUCUGAAGAACCCAAAUUAUCUGCUUAAUAAGAGGAAGGACCAGAACCGCUUCCUGGACCAGAUGCUGCAGACCAUUAUCUCCUCGCGCAAGCUGCUCUCCUGCUCGCAGAGGAAGAAGUUCAACGCGUUUGUGGAUUACUACGGGGGGGUGGGCGCCAAGGAGGGUCAAAGCAAGGGGAAACCCAAGAGGAAGAAGAAGUCCCCCAGUGGGGGGGAAGCAAAGGGGGGUAGCCCCUCUCCUGGUGAUGCACAAGAGGGGAGCGCCUUUCCUGGUGACGCACAUCCGGGCGAUGCCGACUCGUCGAAUUCCCCGAGCGCGUGCCCCAAGAGGGAAGACAGCCCCCCGUGCGAGGAGCAAACCAGCGGCAGUGCCCCCACGCAGAUGAACCGCAGGGGCAGUUCGAUUCACACGGAUGGCGAGGCACCCGAGAUGAGAAGCACAAGGGAUAAGCCCUACAUGUCGGACGGGGUGAACGUGCAGAUGCUCCCCAUUCAUUUUAGGAAGAACGUCAGCACAGUGGAGACGAACCGAAGGGCGCGCGUGGGCGUGAGUCACUCGUGCGAUAAGUUGCCCCCCAUGAAUGUUCUGAGCAGUGGCGGUAAGGAGGGUAUCUGCGCCGAGGAAGACACCUGCGCUAAGGAGGAUGGGAAUGCCUCCGGUAAGUCGCUUACGUGUGAGGACGUCCACCUGGGGCGGGAGGAAGCGAACGAAAAGGCGAGCGCAAACGAGAAGGAGAAAGCGAAUGUGAGUGCGAAGGAGCAGGCAAACCGAGCCAGUUACUACGAUAGAUAUCUGUGCAUCCCGGAGAGCUACAAAAUUGCGAGCAGCUCCCUGGCCGCGGAGCGUGGGGGGGGCCCGCACAGCGGUGCGAACGAAAGCGGCAACCGGGAGGGCAGCCACCGGGAGGGCAGCCACCGGGAGGGCAGCCACCGGGAGGGCAGCCACCGGGAGGGUAACCGCCCUGCGAGCAACAGUAGGAAGAAAAAAUUGGGCGACUACAAACACUUCGAGAAGCUUUUCUUCGAGUGCCUCAAGAGGAAAAUUAUAAAUGACAUAAAAACUCUGGACAAUAAUUUGAAGCGGAAGAAGAAGAAGGCGGACGUGGCUCCGAGCAAAAGCUUUUCCCUGCAGAACACGAUCAACGCGCUGAAGAAUUACUCCCUCUUUUAUUUGAAGAAUGGGGCCGAGAGGGGUGCUCAUGAGGGGGGCGGCCUGGAUGGGGGCGGGCUGCAGAGCGGUCGCCACGACUACCAGCCAAUCGCCGACGGCACCCUUGGCGAGGCUCUCGAGGCCACGCACAGUGUGGAGAGGGAAUCUUGCGAGGGAAACACCAACAAGCAGUCGAAUGAGACACACACCGACGAGUCAAACAGGAAAAAGGAAAGCAGCACGCUGCAGCUGUGCGAUGCUAAUAGUGAAGAAUACGACUACAUAAGUGAGUUCUUUUACACGACGUCCGAGGACAAUGAGGGAGGCGACGCGAACGAUGAGUCGCUUGGAGACGAGCCCGUGCUCGCGAGGGGAAGGAAAAGCAAUCCGGGUGGUGAGCACCCUGAUGAGCAGCAAAGUGAGCAUCUUGAUGACCAACCGCCGCAUAACCCCGGGAAGAGCGCCCCGAAGAAGAGGUGGAAAGGAACGACGCUGCUAAAGGGAAUUACCAAAAACGACAAGAAGAAGUACAAGCAGAUUCUUUCCCACAUCUACACCAUUUCGAAUGAGGAGCUGAUCGAAAAGUUUUGCAAAAAUCCAGAACUCCUCUACUAUGAGGUUUUAUUUUACUGUCUAAACCAGCUGCCCAUCCAGCGGUACACCAUUUCGCUCCCCUUGUAUUCCAAUGCGCACGUGCAGAUCAUCGCGCACCCGCGCAUCUGUUCGGGGGAGUCCGCCACGAAAUAUGCAACCAUGUCUCGUAAAAGGGUUUUUCUUCUGUGCAUUUUUCUGGCCAUUUCCGCCGUUGUUGACGAAGCCGAGUCGUUCAGGAAGCCAGACGCGGCAGCGAACGUCUCCUUCCUGGAGUUCACAGCAGAUGGCAACGCUGAAGAGGGGCAGGCGCAGCCAAGUGAACCCAUCGUUAACACCCAGCCGCUGCAGGAAAAUGUAAGUGAAGCCGCUCCCCACUCGGAGGAGUCCACUGGGGGAAGCGCGGAGAAGGGAAGUGGCGGCCACGAGGAAACCCCCCACGCAGGAGAACAUGACAAAGGUAGUGGCGGAAGCAACGGGAGCAGCGAAAGCAACGGAAGCGUCUUGGCUGAUGGCCACGCCGAAGAAGCGCCGAACGAGCAGGUGAGUAGCGAGAAGAACGACGGACACAGUGAAAGCAGCACCACGGGCUCACACUCAGAUAAGGAGGAGCUGGACUUGUAUACGUCCUCCCCCUCCGAUAAAGAAGAAAACAGCGCCCCUGCCAUGGGUGGUAUGCACAACACGAGAAAGCAUCCGAAGAGAAUGUCCCCCAUGAAGUGGCAGAUAAAAAUGGGGAGGACACCUCACAGGAGGGUUCCCACGCGGGAGCGCUGUCACCUGCGCAUGUGGGUGGCGAGAGUGGCGAGAGUGGCGGCGAGCACGGAGAGCACGGUGAACACGCUGAACAUGGGGAGCACGGAGAGCACGGAGAGCACGGUGAACACGCUGAACAUGGGGAGCACGGAGAGCACGGUGAACACGCUGAACAUGGGGAGCACGGAGAGCACGGUGAACAUGGCGAGCACGGCGGAAGCCUCCAUUUUGCCCGCGCUGAAGGAAAAGGGCAUCCACGUGUCCAGCCCAGAAAGGGUAAUCCUCGAGAUCAUCGAAAGCGCCAAGGAGGGAAUAAAAGGAUUGCUGAAGCUCCGGAAGAGCAAAGACACAGGCAAGCUGCUGGAGGAGGCACUAGAAAAGCUAAACAUAAACCAAAGGGAUCUGCAUGCAAACAAUAAUUUCAUUACCCUAGAAAUGUAUGACCGGAUCCUCUCCGAAAUGUUUAAAAUAUUAACAGAAAUGUCAUUCUAUAAGGAUGGCCAUUUUUACGAAACGUUAGGUUUGAAUAAAUCUAUACUAAAUCAAUCGCUGAAAGAAAUUAAAAUAAAAAUGUUGAGGACCAUUGGAGUGCCAUACACGAAGCUACCGCCAAUCGUUAAGAACAAAGAGAAGGAAAGCACAUGUGCUGCGAACAAUCUCAUCAUUAGCAUUACAUCAAAAGAGCUAGCUCAACGAAUGGCUAUCAUGUUCGCAAAAUGGCUAGCUCCAGAAGAAUACGGGUCUGUCGUCGAUUUAGAUAAAAGCAUAGAAUUAAAUGUCCUCUGCGCAGGGGCACCUAUCCUAGUACAGCAAUGGAAAUAUUACCAAAACAUGUUAGGGUUCGAAACGGGAAAUGAACAUGCCUUCUUAAACCUCAUCGAUGAGUUGCUAGUCAUCGACAAGAGACACAGUAACAAUGAAGCGUAUUCAAAAGUGAUAAGGAAAAUAAAAAAAUCGAAAGCCUUUAAUUAUUGUACUAAAGUUAUGAGGAUUGCAGGGAAUAUUUCUUCCAUUCCAUUUAAUCAUGAAAAUAAUAAAACGCCUAGCUACUCCAUCAUCGGGUCGUUAGGUAACCUGGUGAAGGCUCACAUGGGGAACUACUACGUUGCCAUUGCUAAUAGGAUUAACUCCUAUUUUGCCUAUGCCGAGAAGAGGAACAAAAAAAACAGCCCCUUAAAAGUUGUCUCCGUCUGUACUCUCCUUCAUUUGACCGACAUGCUCCACAAUUGCUCUGAUGAACAUUUAAAGAAUAUUUUGGACCUCAACACUUUGAAGCUUAACAUUCUGAACAUGCAGGGCAGGCGCGUGCUGCAGCCCCUCGUCAAGAUGAGCUUCCUCGGCGCCGCGCAGAACCCCGCCCUCAAGGAGAUCUGCGAGCCGAGCAACCACCUAGUGGACGAGACCCUCUCCAAGCUGCUCAACCUGCUCUCGACCGGUUCGCACGAACUCCUCGCGGCCGAGGUGGAAAAGCGCGGCUUCGACGAGGACUACAUCCAGGAGGAAAUCAAAAACAUAAACGAAAGCGACAACAACGUUCGGGACAAGGGCGAAGACGAAGUGGAAAAUCUCAUUUUUGAAGACUUGUGA